UAUAUGGAUCUACUCCAAUCUUAUAGGUAUAAAACUCAGCAUUCCAAAACAGACGCAGGACAAUCAAUGAACCAAAGCAACCUCCAAAAAAAUAUUGCACCUGAUAAAGUUAAACAGGGAGAGGACUAGGUAAAGAAGAAAGAUAAAAAAACCACAAAAAAAAAAAAAGAAGAAAUUUCUAUGCCUCUGAAUUGCCGUGCCCUUCUCUUAGAAAUUCUUGAGAGAGACAAAACAGAGAGAGACACCAACAACAACAACAACAUCGAUUUUAUAGUUGUGUCUUUCUGAGCGUGUCAAUAAAAUCUUCCUUCUUAUAUUCUCUCUCUCCCUCUGUCUCUGUCUAUCUGUCUGUCUCUUUGGUGGUUUCAUGAUUUCAGGACCUGUCUGUUGAAUAUAAUCUAUCUCUUUCUCAUCCAUCUCCAGAAACAAUAGACGAUUCCGUUCCAAUCUUUGUAAAACUAUUCAUAUCUGUUUUUUUUUUCUUGGGAAAAAAUAAAUCAAAAUCAAAAUCCCCUUUUUUUUUUUUAAGAUUUCAGUUCUGCUGCUUUUUUCUGUGUCUUGUCCCUACACGUCUUGUUGUUUCAAGGAAUAAGUCUGGUUUUGAUUGAAGUGAAGUAACUUUGGAAUGGAAGGUGAUAUGUUUUCAGGAUUUGGUAAUGGAACUCAAGUAGAUGACAAGGUUUUGCAGACAUUUCAAAAGAGUUUUGUGCAAGUUCAAGACAUCCUGUGUCAAAACAGGUUGCUAAUCAACGAGAUUAACCAAAACCAUGAGUCUAAGAUCCCUGAUAACUUGAGCAGGAACGUGGGAUUAAUUAAAGAAUUGAAUAACAACAUUAGAAGAGUUGUUGAUCUCUAUGCAGAUCUCUCCAGCUCUUUCACCAGAUCUAUGGCGGCUUCAUCAGAAGGCGAUUCAGCUGGGACAUUCAAAUCUGAUGGAAAAGCUACUCAGAAGAGAAUUAGAUCUGGCCACCAAUCAAGGCAACAUGUGAAAACUCUUUUCUGGCAUCUGCAGGAAGCUGCACCGGUUCCAUAGCUCAUACAAUAAAAGCAGAUCACAUAUUGCUUUUGUUUAAGG